AUGGACACGCCCCGCCGCCAACGUCGCUCACCUCUAGGCAUACUAUGCCUGCCGCGGCCUGGUGUCCUCCCAGUCUUCGCCGCGCUGUCGUUCGCCGCCGUGCUCGUUCUGCUGACCAUGGUCAGCAGGCUGCAUCUCGAGCUCUUGCGGAGCAGGACAGACCCAUACCACCACGAGUACGCUGGGCAGGGCGUACAUCCGCUGCUGGGCACGGGCUCGGCGGGGGGUCGAAAGUUCGAUGUCGGCGUUAGUGUCUUCGCUUUCAAGCCCAUCAACGUAACCGCCCGGCCGGAGUGUGCGCCUUUAGCGGACGCGAGAUGGAUAGCGGAUUACAGUGGUCCACAGUUGCGCCGAGUAUCCCCAAACGGCUCGGAAGCCGAGCGCGAGCUGAUACACCUGGCGAAGCAAGUCAACAUGGUGCAUCCCGAACGAUCCGCUUCGGCGUGCAAUCUGCUCUAUGUACCUGAGACGGAGGAACUGUGGAGCGGGAUUGUUGCGCACAACAUGACUCACCGCGACAAACAUCUGCGCGCGUUCUUCGACGUCGAUAUUCCGACUCAGUUUCUAGGAUCGCGGGGGUCACGACAUGGGCUACAUGAUCGACACUUGGAGGGCCAACAACGGGCCCAACCUCUAUGCGGUCGUGACGCUCGUCCCACACGUGCAGGAGUGGUGGGCGCCCCUGCGCUCCGUCACGUGGUACAAGCAUGGUUUGGACGACUUACCGCUGAUCGGCUCAGCGCGGAGAAGGUUGUGAACAUCGAGCCUCACAAGGGUGACCAUGACCCGACUCGAAACUUCACGGAUACCGAAUUGAGACGAGAGUUCCUGAGCACGAUGUCUGUGCCAGCGCCGCUUCUGUAUCACCAGCUCAGCGAUUACAGCAAGAGGACCGAUGACAGCUUCAUGACGACCAAAGUCCUAGCCCUUCUGCUGAGGAACUCGAGGAGCCUUGGCGCAGCUACGAGUGCCGAUCGGCUGGAUAGAAUGCUCUUGCGGGGCUGGAACUACGCGGAGAUGGGCCACAGCUUUGCGGCCUACGAGCUCGGGCGACCAGGCUUCCAUGAGGGAGUUGGGGCUCUUACAUCAGAGCACAUUUAUGAGGCCGAGAUGCUGAAACGCCGCUAUCCGCCCUACCUGACUACGGCUAGACCCGGCCCAUUGGACUACAACGUCAUCACGGUCGGUAACGAAACACAGCAGCGGCACUCGUUUGAAGUCCAGCUCAGCGUAGUCGAUCACGUACGUCUGGCACAUCUCGAGAGAGCACGUCACCGUGAAGGAUGGUUUCCCAGGCCCGCCGACCCCAGGGAGGGCAACACGAAGUAUGUGCAGAUCCAGCACGACGGCGCACAGUACGAUCACGCCUGGGUCGGGCUGGCACCAGCUUGGAGAAUGGCUGUCGCAUUGGUCAUACCGUACCUUGCACACUAUGCCCGGCUUCUAGCCAGUGCACUGACUGUGCUUUACUGGUUGACCCGACAGACCACAACUGGCAUCUCUGUCGGUGGCACUGGCUUCAUUGUUGCCGGUGAGGUUUUCCGCAACGUCGUCACGUCCUGGACAUACUAUUGGUACAACUUGCCACGUCACAGGUUCCGCAUCUUCAUCUGGUUCAUUCUUUUGUUCCCUGAGGUGCUCCAGCUCCGCCUGAUCCUGCCAUAUCAAGUCAAGCGCAGGGCAAAUAGCAGCACGUGGCGUCCUACGUCGUGGUAUCUCGACAAGAUACCACCGACUGCUCGCGAGCAGCGCAGUGCCGCUCUGAGCCUCCCAAAGGCUCAACUCGUGGUGCUCGCUACGGUGAUGAGCUGUGCGGCGUAUGCAGUAUACAACCAGCCUACGCUGCUCAUUAGAGCGUCACACAUCGAAGGGAUCGGCGACGACACCGACCCCACGCAGUACCCAGGAAGUCGGAUAUUCGACCGGUACUCAGAGCACAAUGCCUACACCCUGUUCCGCCAGGGUGAGGAAGACCUGGCGCUAUACGCGUAUCGGACACCCGAGCUGGGUCACAUCUGGCGCAAGUUCAUGCUGUUCCCUCUCGCGCAGGCCCUGCUUUCGACCGGCCAGGUUGCUCAACUCAUCAUGAACUUCCGCUCCAGGACGUUCGCUGGUAAUUACGCUCUCGCUUGUUUGUUCAAGGCUCUUGCGCUCCUCAGGAUUUCGACACCUUUCAUUGCCGGAAACACUCACUACGAUGGGGUAUACUUAAGCGCUGCUGCUCAGGUGGUGCUCGUGCUCGCUGAGGGAGCUCAAGCGUUGGUUUACCCGCGGGUUGAGCAGGGGGGCGAAGGCGAGGAGAAAGGAUGGCAACCACCCUAG